CUCACACUCUCUCUCUCUCUUUCUCUCUCUUGUGUAUGUGUGUGUGCGUGUGAAAGAAGUGAUGGGAGAAAGUGGGUUCAUUUUAAUGGUGAUAUUAUGCAUUUUGAAUGUAUUAUGGUGGGGAUGGAAGAUGUUGGAUUGGAUAUGGUGGAGACCCAAGAAGCUGGAGAGACUUCUCAAGGAACAAGGUAUCAAAGUCACUCCUUACAAGUUACUGUUGGGUGACCUGAAAGACAACAUGAGGUUGUUCAAGGAAGCUCGGUCCAAGCCCAUGAACCUAUCCCAUGAUAUUGCUCCACGUGUGUUGCCCUUUGAUCUUCAAACCAUCCAGAAAUACGGUAAAACUCUGCAUUUUGGUUUGGAACAACUCCAAGAUUGUAUAUUAUGGAUCCUAACCUCAUAAGGGACAUUAUGAGCAACAAGUUCGGUCACUUUGCACUUAUCAAAGGAAAUCAAUUCUUGCGGUUUUUUUUGAGCGGAGUUGUACUCUAUGAGGGUGAGAAAUGGGCCAAACACAGAAGGAUUCUAAACCCUGCCUUUCAUAUGGAAAAACUAAAGCGAAUGGUAUCGGCAUUUUAUACAAGUUCUAAUGAGAUGGUCAGCAAAUGGGAGAAAUUAGUUACAUCAAACGGGUCUUGUGAAUUGGAUGUGUGGCCAGAAUUCCAAAACUUAACUGGCGAUGUCAUCUCUAGGGCAGCAUUUGGUAGCUCCUAUGAAGAAGGUAAACGGAUAUUCAAAUUGCAAGAUGAACAAGCCGAGCACUUCAUCCAAUCUUUUCUAACUGCAUACAUCCCUGGUUUUAGUUUGCUGCCUACAAAAAGGAACAGGCGUAUGAAAGAAAUUUAUAGAGAAGUGCGAACCCUUUUAAUGGGGAUCAUCAACAAAAGACAGAAGGUUAUGGAGGUUGCAGAAGCUGCCAACAACAAUGACUUGUUAGGGUUGUUACUUGAAUCCAACAAUAACGAAAUUCAAGAAAAUAAAAACAAGAAGAACGUUGGGAUGACCAUCGACGAGGUCAUCGAAGAAUGUAAACUAUUUUACUUUGCAGGCCAAGAAACCACAUCUGUUCUUCUUGUUUGGACAAUGGUUACAUUAAGUAUGCAUUCAGAAUGGCAAGUUCGUGCAAGGGAAGAAGUCAUACAAGUCUUUGGAAAGAACAAACCGGAUUUUGAUGGACUAAAUCACCUCAAAAUUGUUACCAUGAUUAUGUAUGAGGUUCUUAGAUUAUAUCCACCUUUGUUAUUUUUUGAUCGUUGUACAUACAAGAACAUGAAACUAGGAGAAUUAUCUCUGCCAGCUGGAACACAACUAAUGAUACCAACAGUCCUAGUUCACCGUGAUCGUGAAUUAUGGGGUGAAGAUGCUGAAGAAUUCAAUCCAGGGAGAUUUGCAGAAGGAAUCUCAAAGGCCACAAAGAAUCAAGUCUCAUUUUUCCCAUUUAGUUGGGGCCCACGAAUAUGCAUUGGGCAGCAAUUUGCGACGAUAGAAGUAAAGAUGGCUUUAGCAAUGAUUCUACAAAGAUUUUCUUUUGAACUUUCUCCAUCGUAUGCUCAUGCUCCCACCACUGUAAUAACUCUUCAUCCCCAGUAUGGUGCUCAAAUCAUAUUACAUAAAUUGUAGAAUCAUCUUCAUAAUUCAUCAUUUCUUGGUGAUCUAUCAUUACAAACUUUCAUUGUGAGUUAUUUUGAUAGUUGAAUGUAUUU